ACAAAAUUAAUGGGCUAAUAACGUUUAGAGGCAUCUAUUUUAGACCUGCAGGCUACACCAUUUAAUGGCUGUUCUGCUCAGUAUCAGUAAUUCAGUAUAGUUCCCUCAAGCCCUACAGCCAUGAGAUCAUUUCUAAAACUGCGUUUCCUUUCUUCACAAUCCCUUGUCUCGCGUUUCACUCCUAAUUCUUUGCCUUUCACAUCAUCUUCCCAAACAGAACCCACCACAACAAGCACAAAUACAACCACUUCUCUGAACCAAGAAGAGCUUACACAAAUCAAUCUUUUAAUUCCACGUUUAUGCUCUUCACACCACCUCAAAGAAGCUGCAAAUCUCAUAACCACAGCUUUUCUCACAAACCCAUCUUUAGAAUCACUCUCCCUUUCCAUUUUCAUUCACAGGCUCUCUCUUGAACCUGACCUUACACAACCCAUGUACUUCCUCAACCGCCUCAAGUAUACCCCAAAGACUCAAUCUUUUUUAAUACCCAUUUGUAAAAAGUUAGUUUCUUUGUAUUUUAGAGACAGACAGGCCAAGAAAGCUUUAAAGAUUUUCCAUUGGGUGUCAAGGCCUGAUUUUCCUUGUGUUGUAGAUUAUGGAUUGUGUGCUCUUUUUGUAAAUGGGUUUUGCAAGAAUGGUAUGGUUGUGGAAGGAUUGAAGGUUUUGAGGAUGAUGGUAGUUGGGAAUUUGAAGGUUGGGGAUGAGGUGAGAAUGUGUGUGUAUAGAAGUUUGUUGAGGGAGGCUAGGAUUAAGGAGGCACAAGAACUGAAUGAAGCUUUGAAGUGUGCUGAGAAUGGGGAUAAGGGAAAUGAGGAAGUGGUUGCUUUGUUGGAUAGUGUCAUCUCAGAUUGGAUUGAAUAGAGAGAAUAAGUAUUGAUAUUCCUCUCUAGCAUCUUGGUUCAUUGUUGCAAUUCAUUCUCAAUUGUUCCUCUACUUCAUCUUUAUCUUGAAGCAAAAGACAACCGGCUAUUUGUGGAUUUUCAUUUUGGUGCUGUUAACUUUUCGUUCCAGUACCUUGGAACUGUUGGUGGGAUAUAGGAGAUCAUGUAACAAGUGACCAGUGAAAUUCCUAUUGGGUAAUGAUCUUGUAGAGCCAGAUUGCUCCCUUCAUCUUACAAUCUUGAACUGUCCAUUCAUUUUGGAGACUCAGAAAUAUGUCAUGGUUAAGCUUUUGUAUAUCAUACCAUGAAAAUAUGGUUGAUAUGACCAAGCAGCCGAUGGCGGUGGAGAUGGUAAAGGUUCUUCAGUCAGGCCACUGCAAAUAUUAUAUGAAUUCCAGAUUGUUUAUUCAAAAUAGUGGGAGAUGGCGCGGAAGUUCAUUGCAUUUGCCUCAUCACAGCUAAUGGAUGAACCCUGUCCAACAUUGAUAUAUUUAUUAAUGGACUAAGUCUUGGUCCUAAAUUAGUUGGAAUGAUAUGUAUCAAUCCUUUGAUUCAUUCAGAUCUCUCGAGUAUUCUGAUGAUUUAUCAUAA